GGGCAGAAUUGCUGCAUUUACUGAAAUAUUAUUCUAGUCAAAUAUUUUGGACCAGAGCUUGUUCCUGUUGCCUUAUUCCAAGGGUUAGUCAGUAUAUUUCUGUACUGCAGCCAAGCUGUUCUCAGAGGGAUGGACUGCUUUCUGCAUUGUGUAUUAGCUGACUUAGGCGAGAUGUGGAGUCCUUUAGCUUAAAUGCAUUUGUUAUAAGCUGAAGUGCUUUUAGUUCCAACUCGGCACAUUUUGAAGGAAACUUGGGGAAAGCAGGGACGUUGCUCAUUUUUUGACUGUGCUACCGAGGAAUGAGACAGAGUGAUGAACGCUGAUGCUUCUGAUGAGGACUGACUGAAACGAUUGUUGCAGUAGUUAACGGGGCACCAGAACUUUCCUUAAACUUUUAACACAUGAUCGGGAGGGUGCCCUUGUCGGUGGAAAAGUUUCGGCAAGUCGAUUGGUCGUCAUAGUGUCAGUAACCAGAAAAAAACGUGCUAUGUUGUUUUGUAGUUUGUACGGAAAGCUGAAAUACGUGUUGUCGGACUCCCGGAGCCUUAGGAAACCGCAGCUGAGCUCCUGUGACCAAGGAACUGAAACCAUCUCCACCGCAAGGAUGAACUGUUGGCAUCUGCUAGUAUUGCUUGCUGUGCUACCUAAUCUGGCAACAGCCGACAAGGGGAUCUCUGUUCCGGAGCACGGAUUUUGCCAGCCUAUCUCAAUUCCUUUGUGCACGGACCUUGCCUACAACCAGACUAUUUUGCCAAACCUGUUGGGCCAUACAAACCAAGAGGACGCCGGGCUGGAGGUGCACCAGUUUUACCCUCUGGUGAAGGUGCAAUGUUCCCCUGACUUGCGUUUCUUCCUGUGCUCCAUGUAUGCUCCUGUGUGUACGGUGCUUGAACAAGCCAUCCCUCCAUGCCGGGCACUCUGCGAGCGGGCUCGUCAUGGCUGCGAGGCGCUCAUGAAUAAGUUUGGGUUUCAGUGGCCCGAACGGCUGCGCUGCGAACAUUUUCCAGUGCAUGGUGCCGGGGAGAUCUGCGUGGGCCAGAACACGUCCGAAGGAACCGGAGAUAGCCCCAGUCCUGCCUAUCCUACACCAUACAGCGGUGGAAACUUUGCAUUUCCCACUCCGGGCCACCCUCGUCCCAGGUUUGUGUGCCCACGCCAGCUGGAAGUACCUUCUUAUCUAAGCUACCACUUUAUGGGGGAGAGAGGGUGCGGUGCACCUUGUGAGCCUACUAAACCCAACGGACUCAUGUACUUCAGAGAGGAAGAGAUCAGGUUUGCCAGGCUGUGGGUAGGCGUCUGGUCUGCACUGUGUUUAUUAUCCACCCUUUUCACAGUCCUGACUUACCUGGUGGAUAUGAAGCGUUUCCGUUAUCCAGAGAGACCCAUAAUCUUUCUUUCAGGUUGCUAUUUAAUGGUGGCCCUUGCUUAUGGAGUUGGCUACCUACUGGAGGACAAGGUGGUCUGCAUUGACAGGUUCACAGAAGAUGGGUACAAGACUGUAACCCAAGGCACUAAAAAAGAAGGCUGCACCAUUCUCUUCAUGAUUUUGUACUUUUUUGGCAUGGCCAGUUCCAUCUGGUGGGUGAUUCUUUCACUGACUUGGUUCCUAGCAGCAGGCAUGAAAUGGGGCCAUGAAGCCAUAGAGGCUAACUCUCAGUAUUUCCACCUUGCAGCAUGGGCAGUCCCUGCUGUGAAGACCAUUACCAUCCUUGCAAUGGGGCAGGUAGACGGAGACCUCCUGAGUGGUGUUUGCUAUGUGGGCAUUUACAGCAUCGAUGCCUUGCGAGGUUUUGUCCUUACACCCCUGUUUGUGUACCUUUUUAUUGGCACCUCCUUUUUAUUGGCUGGUUUUGUGUCCCUGUUCCGGAUUCGAACCAUUAUGAAACACGGUGGAACCAAGACUGAAAAGUUAGAGAAGUUGAUGGUCCGAAUUGGGGUGUUCAGUGUAUUGUAUACUGUUCCUGCCACCAUUGUCAUUGCCUGUUACUUCUACGAACAAGCUUUCAGAGAGCAAUGGGAAAAGACUUGGCUGCUGCAGACCUGCAAAAGUUUUGCUGUCCCCUGCCCAGUCAACAAUUUUGCCCCCAUGACCCCUGACUUCACAGUAUUUAUGAUCCGGUACUUGAUGACAAUGAUUGUUGGCAUUACUUCAGGCUUCUGGAUCUGGUCAGGGAAGACACUGCAGUCCUGGAGGAAAUUUUAUAAUAGACUCAGCAGCAACAGUCAAGGGGAGACUGCAGUAUAAUUGUUUUCUUUUACAUGCAUUCCUCAAGCUGUGUUAGCAAUGCAUCUUUUCUCUCACAAUGUACUGUGAAAAUUCAGCUGUCAAGCUACAUUCUUAGAAUGUAAGAAUUGCAUUUGUCAAAUUGCAUGUGAGAGACCAAGAAAAAAGUGUAACAUGAUUGGUCCCAUAAAAAUGCUGAGAAAUUGCAGGAGUUUUGGCUAUAACUUCUUGCUAAUUAUGUUCAACAGAAUCCAGGAUCUUGUAAGUUGGUCUGUGUACUUGUUUGGCUAAAAGUGUGGCCACCAUUUAAUUUCUCAUCAUAGGGAGGUGCCUGCAAGUUUUUUGGAUGUGUCCUUUUUUUGUCUUAAACUGCUUGACUGCUGGAACUGCUUUGAAAAAACAAAAAAGGACAUACUAGGAUGCGUGGCUUGCAUUGUGCAUCACUGAACAGGUUACAGCUUACACAAAGGGAACAAAUAUGCAGGAAUAUUAAAGAGUGCUUGCCAAACCAAGUGAGCCAGGAGCAGUUACCAAGCUGCUGGACCAGUUUUGUUAAUAGUGACUUUUUUUAUUACAUGUAUUCAGCAUAAAUGGCUAAUUUUUUUCCUGAGGGUUUAAGCUUGGCUUUUGUGGUAUUUGUAAUCUAUAUGUACACUUUAGGAACUAAGAAUUUUAAGAUGCACUUUAAUGAGACCUACAGUGUGUUGCACUGAGGCUUUCAGUCAUUUCUUAACUGCCAGUGGACAGCCAACUGAACACACACAUUACCUCCUAAAUGUUUACCAUCUUAGCUUUCUGCGGUUAUGCUUUGAAGGUCUUCAGUGUUGCAGAAUAGCUAAGGUGAGUCCAGCAUAAUUUAGAAUUCAGUAUCUCUGUUUGCAUUUUUUUCUCUGCGGUAGCAUUUUUUUUUUCUUUGUGUACAAGUUACAGUUCUCAGAUUUAUUACAUUUUUUGUGCAAGUUACAGUUCUCAGUUUCAUGUUACUCCAUUGUUUGCUGUAAAAAAUGAUCUUAAAGGUGGGCUCACUGCUGAAGGUGCAAAGGUUGUCAGUUAAGCUGCUGAACUAUUGCUGCUGUUUUGCAAGUGCUACAGACUUGCAUAUACACAAGAUUCACAUGAAGUGUUGGACACAAGUGCAGAACAGAGUUUUUUUUUUUUUUUAUUUGCAACAUGUGGUUUGUGAUGUAAAUGGAGAACGUAUUUUCUGCAUCCUGCGUUUUAUGUGAAGUUUCGAGUUUUGCUUUCUGUAUCUUGACCUUUUAUACGUUGUGUUGGUUAUAUUUGGUAUAAGUACAUAGUUGCAGGAAACUUGCGUCACACUUUAUUUUAUGAUGUGUAUGAAGAUGUUGGGGAUCCAGAGAGAGUAUAACAAAGCUGAGACUAUUCUAAUUUACUGCUUGGAAGAAUUUGCCUGUUUAUGUAAAAAUCCCAUUUUGGGGUGGGAAUAACUUACUCUCUUGCAUUUUGAAAGAUAAACAUUUAUUUUAAUUGACACUCACAGAUAUAAAUGUUAAAAAAAUACUUUCAUAGUUUAGCAUUGCAGCCAUUAUGUGGCAGUUCAUGGCUGAAUGAGAAAUGCAACAUUCCCUAGUGUUGGGCAACAUACUGGAAAGUGUAUGGCAGGGUGAAUGUAACUGAACUGUCACAAGAAUUUCAGUGCAGUGGCUGUUCUGGAGGUUUUUUCCCCAAAAGUUGCUUGUCUGUCUUCUAUUCUUCAAUCUUAAUUUAACAUCUGUGUUCAUUUUGAUUAAUUUUGCCUCUUGGCUCCACUAUUCUUAGAAAUGUCAUCUACAAAUUAACUCAUUAUGGUCAUACAAAAACACCUAGAUGAUGUGCAAGAAUUAAUUUGGGGAAUCCCCAAAAGUAAAGUAGCUUGGAAAGGGAAUCGCCUACAGUAAAGCAGUUUUGAAGGGGUGUUCUCCUAGCAUUAACUUUCACAUGUAACUGAGGAUGGCAUCUAAAACAUGAGCUACAAGUUUUAGAGCUUUUAUAGCCUUUUGUGAACAUGGGCUAUAGCAUCAUCUUUUCAGCACACUCAGUUAAAAUUGUACAGCAGUAUCUGUAUCCUAGAAAAUCAUGCUGUGAAACACUUUAAAAUAUAUAUAUUUUUUGUAUUUACAAACUAAAAAUCCCAAGCUCCUUGUCUCCCAAGACUUCUCUCACUGUGACAUUCCUCAUAGUUGUAUAGUAUUUCCACAAGAUAGUGUAUAGCGUUUUUACAACUUGGCAGGGGACAGUUGGCGGUAUAUUGAGAGCUGAAAUAUGAUUAUCUUGUGCGUCUUAACGCGAGUAUUUGUACAACUCGAGCUUGUGUCUAUGCUCCUGGCUCUCAUGUUUUGUGCUGGGAGAUUCUUGCCUAGUUAACAAUAAAAGUUUUCUUUUUUUAUUCAAUAAAGCCACUUAUUUCCUAGAAAUAAACUGCUGCACAUCAUCUUCCAGAUGUAAACAUUGUAUGCAAUGCAUCAGAUUGUCAGUAAAGAUUCAAAGUUAUUUUGUUUUUGUUCCUCUAUUGUUUUUUCUCUCUUUCUUGAGCAAAGAAGAGCAUACCUUCCUCAAUUUGUGGAGUAAUGUGUAGUUACAUUUUUCAUGAUGGUUUUUGCAGAGCUGUGAAAUACUGCUCAGUGAAGCUGCUAGUCGGGUAUGGCACUUAAUGUUGUAUGUCUUGCAGCUUUGUUUUUAUUGCCUGCCCUUUCAUAUCCUGUUCACUUUGCUUUUGCUGUUGUGAUUCCUCGCCUGCUUUGCUGUUGCCUUUGUAUUUUAUCUGCAUUUCAUGGCUUUGUUUCUUCUCCUUCUAACCCCUUUUGUUUAUUGGAUGCCACUCCUUUUGUCGUACCUUCUGCCAGGCACUACUUACCAGAAUUAAACCAGAUGAAGAUGAAGACACUAUCUGCUUUGUGCUAUUUUUGGAGGGACAUUUGGUUUGGAUAGAGAAAGUGGGUGGAAAUUACCUGGCAUUCUGUUUUUAUGCAGUAAGGGAGAAAACCCUUGACACUAUAUUCAUUUUCUUUGUGCCGUGACUACCAUAAUGCUAUUUAAAUUGUUUAUACUAUUUGGAGCUUUUCUCCCCGGGCCUCUGCUGAAAAACAGCUUUCGCUCAGUUGGACACUCCUGGUCAACAAAUGUAAAAUAAAAAGUAGUGCCUUUUGAUGCUAAGAUUCAGUUUCACGUCACUUUAUGGCAGGGUGCCUUUGCCCUGGCUAGCAGAGCUGUGUGCCAUCAUGCAUAGCAGUAACGGCAGUGUGUUCAGUUUGCAGGAUUCUAGUGUAGUCUCUCUGGGUGCCACCGGGUGUCUCAUUGAGCUGUAGCAUACUGUGUAUGGGUGACUAUACCCUCGCAGUAAUUUCACAUUGUCCCCUUAACUGAUUGCUUGUUACUCAUUAUUUUUGUCAGGUUCUGUGUUCUGCUUCACUUGAUGUAUGGUUAUACAGUAAUAUACUUGUGUUGUGUUAAGAACUUGCAGGCUGUUUGGCACAUUCAUUUAAUGAUUUGGUUGAUCCGAGAUGCUGUGGAGCAUUUUGUCAGUUUGGCUGGAGUAUAUGUUUCAGCUUCUGGUGAAGUACAUACUACAGAAAUGUUUAUACUAUUCUGAGGUCCCACCAAUUGUAUGGUUUAAUCUGUAUUUCUGUUUUCUAAGAUAGCCUGCUCAUCAUUGCCAUUUCAUGUAUAUUGUGUUCUCUUCUCGGUCAUCAAAUUAUGACUUUGAUUCUGUGCUGUCGCACUGCCUUCAUGUCAUGAACUGGCAUGUUUUUCUUCCGUUGUAUACAUGCAGGUGGAGGUGAGGGAUGUAGUGAUUUGUUUUCACCAUAGUUGUCCUUUUGGUGAUUUGUUUUGCGUUACUUAAGAUCUUGAGCACAAUUUCUACUUUUUGUGUAUUUCUGAAAAGGGCUGCUAUUGGGUAGGCUCUACUGUACUAUUUGCCACUGUCUUUGAAAUUGCUGACAGGAAUACUUUUGUCUUGUAAGUAGUGGUGAGACUCACUGGAAGGAAGAAGUUCUAGAGAAACAUGUCCUACUUUAGUUGUUUCCCCGUACUAGACUUUGUCUUGUCUCCUUCCCCCAUUGUAGCCUGCAGCUGCUCUGAAACGGAGAUUCGUAAUGGUUUAAGAACUGACUCUGCAUGCUUGAAGUAGUGGUGGUACUGGAGUUUGUAAUUUCUUUACAUCGAUGUGUUGUAGGAUAAUGGCUACACUAGUAAUCUGGCAGCUCAACUGGUCCUGCCCGAGUCAGGAGGAGGGGAGAGCUGGGGGUCGCAGCAUGCUUGGCUCACAUUUCAGUCUUGCCAUGGAAACUUGUGAUUCUAAUUUUGCAACUGUUUAGGAACUGGCCAGCAUUGUCUGGGAUUUUAGUGUUGACAACCCCCCCCCCCCCCAAAAAAAAAAAAAUUAUCUGGCAAUGUCUGUUUAACACCUAAUUUUCUUACAGUUGUCCAUCUGGACAAUGUAAGACACAUUCCUGCCCACUCACAAAAGCGCACAGCACGCUUUUACAAAACGACAACUAAAAGUUGGCAGUUUUGCUGGCUGGAUUUUUUAACUGUGAUUCCAAUGUUGCACUUUUAAGCUGUAGUAAAGCUUUUCUUUUUAAAGUGAGAGAUGCUGUCUAUUCUGCAUCAAAUAUUAAAAGUAGCCUGAGUCAUUACAAGUAAAUAAAAUGAGGCAGCCGAGAACACAUUGCAUUUCAUUAACUAGUUAGUCAAUUUUGCACUGUUUGGGGGUGGGGAGGGUAGUGAAAGGGGGGCUAGAAAACAAGAGAAAAAGGGAAUGAAGCCAGACAAACACUGACUACAGUUAAUUAAAAACAGCUGCAGAGUAAGCAAUUCAGUGACUGUAUCAAGAAUAUUUUUCCAUGGGUAUAAUCUGGUAUUUUUUUUCAUAGAAAUACUAUUGAAAAUUAAUUAUUUUAAUAAAAUGUUUAAAGAGAAAAUAACCCCUAAAGACUCUGCAUACUAUCAGUAUUUGUAAAAUGAAAAUUGUGUCGACAAAUUGAAAUUUAAAUAAGGCUGUUGACAGCCAUGUAGUUUUUCUGCUGUUUAAUGGCUAUGAUUUGUACUGUCCCCCAAUUAUUUUGCAGAAGUUUUUACUUGCGUUAUAGAUGUCCCAUGGCUUGAUGGAUUGUGUGCAACAUGUUCUUGUGAUGGUGGAGUAAUGCUCUUUAGAACUGCAGCUUGAAAUUUGAAUGAAAGAUUUGAGUCCUGUUCAUUUUGCAUGUUAUACACAGCACUAUUACCAGACUAAGCUUGUUCUUUAUAAUUGUUCUCUCUCUCUCUCUCUCUCUCUCUCUCUCUCUCUCGACGAGUGGCACUCUAUGCGGAAGUUUUGAGCAUGAUUCUGUUACAUAUUCAGCUGCAAGGUUUAUACCUAACCUGAAUUCUUCCGUCCAAAUCUGGUAUUAAAAGAAAUAUAAUCGUGUUUAAAAACAAAAUAGCUAAAUGUUUUUAACAGGUUGUCUGAGUGGGAUGAUCCCUGUUUUCAUUAAUAAAUUGGUUAAUUGAUAAGCUUUCAGAACAAGCACUAAAAAAUCAUAGUGCAUAGUGAACUACACAAACAAAUUAGUGGAUGUUUUGAGAGACUGAAAAGGGAAGGAGAAAUAUUGGGAUUUAAGGCAGAGAUAGGAACAUAGAGAAGCGAAUGAGAAUUUGAAGCUACUGUGAGAAGGUUCAUAAAACAGACCACUUUAGCAAAAUCACUUUAUGCUGUAGUGUGGUAUCAUUUUUUAAAGUCUUGAAAAGCAAUGUCUAAUUUACAGCUGCUCCAGUUUACCUUGUGGGAUAAUGACCCAGAGAUUACUGUUUGCAUGGAGUGCACGCCCCACCCCCCAUCUCCAUAUUAUUGUUUUAUACCCAAAACAUUGUGCAUUAUAGUUUUAUGACUCUGCAGUAUGAGUAUUUGCCUUGUAUGGUUGUAUUAUUGUGGAGAUGGAUGACUUUAAAAAGUACCCUGACUAAUGGCAGAGUAUUAUGGCUGCUCAGAUAUUUUUAUUUUGUUCUACGUGAGCAUGUCAGAAGUAUAGGCUUUUUUGUGUGAUACCAAAUGGUGCUGUGUAACAUGUCUGUGUAAUGUUAUAUUACUCACUGUAAAAACAAUUGUAUUUGAGAAGACGUAUGAAAUUUCAGCAAGCUUUGCAGUGGAGUUCAGAUUGAGGGACCAUUUUUGCAACUUCUUUCGUCCUCUGGCAUGAAUUCACUGUAACAAAAAAAAAAUGUCCACUUGUGAAGUUUGCCAAGUGUGGUCGACAUCAUUCAUUUCUGCUGCAGAUGUUUGUCCCUUGUCACGCAUUUCUGCAUGUGUUUUGGAUUACUGGCCUUCAUUGUUGGCAGUGAAGCGAAAUUUAAUUUAUAGCAACUUUUUUUUCUCAAGUUACUCAGAAGUAUGCAUAUUUUUCACUUUACCACAGGUUUGUGUGUCUUACAAACGAUGCAAAAAGAUGUAGCACACUUCAUUUGGGUGACGCACACAAAUUGAGUGAAAAAUCUGGUCUCUGCAAGCAUUUCAGAAUACUUUUGGACAUAUUCCUGCCAUGAUUUGUGAUGUAGCCCUAUAAUUUCACAGCUGUGUAAGAAACAUCUUUCUAACUUUCCUUGUUUUGCAAGACUGAAGUUAUGUGUUUUGCCCACCUUCAUAUAUCCUUCGAUUUAAUUUUCUGUUUCCAGUUCAUUAAACUGUUAUAAUAGUUCCUUUCCUGUAGGUAAAAUAACAUUGCUGCACUGAGAAGUGUGCUACAGUUUGCUUUGGUGCUGUUGAUGUACAAAUGCGAUAUCCCUC